AUGGCCAGCAACUCCUUACCGUCGCCUGGGGAUAUUGUCAUCCACGAUUACAGACCGCAAGAAAAGCCUAUUGUAAACGAAUCCCUUAAAGUAGUGCAGUGGAACAUUGAAAGAAACUACGAAUCUGAAGCCAUCAUGAAGACCAUCCAAGAUCUGGAUCCUGAUGUGAUUAUACUGCAAGAAGUAGACAUCUUUUGCAAAAGAUCUGGCAACCGUGACCAUAUACAAGAAUUAUGCAAAUCCUUGGGGCUCUUGGGUGGAUUUGUAUGCGAAUUUGAAGAGAUUGACAGCCCCGUUAGAAAACUGAGAGACGCUGGAGGUGGUGUGCAUGGAAAUGCUAUUUUAUCAAAGCAUGACAUCGAUUUCAGAGUGCUGGAGCAUAGAACGGACGCUUUUAACUGGGAAAAGGACGGAUACAAGCUGAAAGAGCCGAGGAGGGGAAAACGAUAUACUCUGGUAGGCACUGUGAGCGCAUCACCAUUACCGCCGAUUGUAUGUUACAGUGUGCAUUUAGAGGUUUUCACUGGUAUCAUUGGUCGUAUCAACAACUUUGCCGACAUUUUAGAGGACGCAGCCUCGAUCGCCAAGGAAUACCCACACCAAAUCAUCGGUGGCGACCUCAACACCAUGGCACACUCUAUUGUGAGACUGUCACCCAAAUAUGCUUGUGACCGAUACAGACUCAUGUCCUUGGGAGACACAGAGAGCAACUGGUUUGAUCGUCAUGUGAUGGCUGUCUACCGUGAUCCACAACAUGAAUACAACCUUCGUUUAGCAGCAGCAGGAUUCCCCUUCUCCAUGGCACCAAUUCGUCUUGUCAGAUUCAUUUGGCGGCUUUUGGGUUCACUCAAGUUGUUUGAGUUGGUGAGUGGAUUUGACUUGGAAACGCUCAAGAGAGCCCGUAACCCUGGAUUCUACGAUCCCUGGGAUCCCAACGAGAUUACUUUACAUAAUCCUGAUUACUUUGGCUUGUUUAAAGCGAAACUGGAUUGGACUAUGGUGCGAUGCAUGGAUGUGCGUCAGAAAUGGAUUGGCAAUCGUGAUUAUAGUGUCAGUGAUCAUGCUUAUUUGAUGGUCAAGGUGACGCCUGAUGCAAAAGAUAAAUUGGACCGUGUGCAAGAAGUGUGGAGCAAUAGACGUAGACAAUGGCAACCCAAUGGAUCUGCUCCGUAUAGAAGAACCACCAUUGGUGUCUCUGUCCUCAUCUUGGUUACUACAUUGCUGGUACAUUGGAUAUUGUACUUGGUUGGUCCAUUGCUGCAAUAA